AUGCUACUUGUACCAUGGGAACCGCCUCAGGAACCCGUACUUACGCCCCUACAAAAACGUGCCAUCAUCCACUCACAUUUCUUUCCUUCCUUGAUGUCGGCUGUAUCGUCAUCGCAAGCCACCUCCUCCACGUCCAACAGCACCAAGACAUUCGUUACAGCCCUUGUUGCCAAUGGAGCCCUUCUCGCUGCUGAGAUAGCAGCCUUCGUGAUUCUCAAGAAUCGACUAGGCAGGAUAUAUAGUCCUCGCACUUACCUGCCGCCUCCAGCGAAACGAGCGCACAAGCUACCUGCGGGCGUGUGGAGGUGGUUUCCAGCAUUGUUGGUUGAAGACGCGACAGACAUCAUAGCGAAGAAUGGCCUCGACGCAUAUAUGGUCCUUCGCUUUAUACGACUCUUAAUAAUUAUAUUCGCCACCUUCACACUAUCCACAUUCCUUGUCAUCGUCCCGGUCGACAUUGUGGGCAUACCGGAAGGCAAUGACCCCAUCAACCGAAUCACCUGGACCAACAUUCCUACCGACGACCAGAAACGAUUUGCAGCGCACAUAAUUAUGGCCUAUCUCUUGACUUUCUUUGUUAUUUAUCUCAUUCGUCGAGAGAUGCUACAUUUCCUCGACAUGCGCCACAAAUUCCUCGUCAGCAAGAGUCAUUCUCGUCUCGCCCAAGCGAAAACCGUGCUUAUUACUUCCGUUCCGCCCGAGCUGGGGAACGAACACGAUCUGCGCCUUUUUGCAUCCUUCGUGCCCGGAGGAAUCGAUCGAGUCUGGAUCUACAGAGACACGAAAGCUUUGAACAAACUCUUCGAAGAACGCCAAUCUGCCUGCUCCAAGCUGGAAAAUGCUGAGAGCAAACUCUUGAAGCACGCGACAGAUCAAUGGCGUAUUAAAGAGUUGGCCCAUCGCAAACUCAUGAGGAGAAAAACUGAUCAAGAGCGCGGAGACAUGCCGCUGGAGCUGGCAAUACCUGCAGAACCUUCUCAAGAGUUACUCGAUGAACUUGUGCCCGAGAAAGUGCGACCCAAACACCGUAUCGGCUUAUUCGGGAUCUUCGGUCGCAAGGUUGAUACCAUUUCGUGGUGUACAGAAGAAAUUGCUCGACUUAACACUGAAAUUGAAGAGGCUCGUCAGCACAUUGUCAAAGGGAAAUUCCUCGGCAGCGUCUUCAUUCGCUGUAAUCUGCAACUUGGGGCCCAUGUUCUCGCUCAAUGUGUCAGCCACCAUCAACCGCUUGCCAUGAGCGAUCGAUGGAUGGAGACCAGCCCGAAAGAUAUUGUGUGGAAUAAUCUCGACGACGGGGCCUUGGAGAUGACUUGGCGAUAUGUUGUUUCAUGGCUCGCCACUGUCGGGUUAAUUAUCGCUUACGGCUUUCCCGUUAUUUUCAUUGGAACCUUGAGCAGUGUCGACGAUUUAUGCAGCAAGGUCCACUGGUUAGCUUGGGUAUGCAAGGCACCAACUCCAAUUCCUGGCAUUAUUCAGGGUGUUCUACCUCCGGCUUUCCUAGCCAUCCUCUUUGCCUUAUUACCGAUCCUUUUGUGGGCCUUGGCGUGGUUUGAAUGUAUCCCACGGUAUUCGCUGAUUGCAGUCAGCGUUUAUCGUCGUUUCUUCCUCUUCCUCCUGGUACACGGGUUCCUUAUUGUCACUCUUUCGAGCGGAGUUGCGACCCUCAUCUCGGACAUCAUCGACCGACCAACCCAGACCGUACAACAACUGGCCUAUAAGCUUCCUAAAGUGUCGAUAUUCUUCCUAACAUAUAUGGUCGCGCAAGGACUUGCUGGCGCUGGUGCGGCGAUGGCGCAGUUAUUCCCCAUCAUCCUUCAUUUUGUAAAGAAGUGGUUUUUGGGGCGAACUCCAAGGCAGGCGUUCAAUGUCACCUUCAAAAUGCCUGCAGCCGACUUCAGCCUCAUCUUGCCUCGCUUGUCACUGCUCGCCACCAUUGGCUUCGUCUACAGUCUUCUGAAUCCGUUGAUCAAUCUGUUUGCACUCCUGAGCUACUUUAUGUUCUACCUGGCGUUCAAGUUUUUGUUAACGCAAGUGUACGACCAACCGGAUGAGAGUGAAACGGGCGGGAUGUACUUCCCCAUGGCGGUUUCAAACCUUUUUGUUGGGCUCUACAUCGAGCAGAUCUCUUUGGCAUGCCUGUUUUUCCUCAAAGCCUCUGUUGCGCCAAAAUCAUCCGUGGCAGAAGGUGCAAUGAUGCUCGUUUUACUGGCCAUAACGAUUGGCGCGCAUAUCAUGUUUGACCGCAUGUUUGGACCCUCCGCAGCGUUCUUGCCCAUGUCCUUGGCAACAAAGAAAAUGGCAAAGCGGUAUGAGAAACACCAGCACAAACAGGGAAUACCGGUCACACCCGAAGAUGAGGAGCUAGACUUGUUCAAGAGACAAGCAUUGCGAAGCGUGCGGCGCAUCAAACAUCUACCACAUGCAAUAGACCACACUCUUCUCGCCAUUAAAGCCAAGGUCAAGGAAGAGGGCGAACAUCUUGCCCUUCCAAAAGCCGCGCGCGAGAAGCUUGCUGAUGAUGAGCGGAGGCACGCGAAAGCAGAGGCUGAUGCUGAAAUUGGUCGGCCGUCAACCUCGAAAGAGCCAGUGAGCGGAAAGACAGAGACCCAAAAAGAGGCAGAGAAAGCUGUGAUGUCGGAUUUAAAGAAUGGUGACGCCCCAGAGCUCUAUCGCAAGUCGAGUUCGUCGUCGCGGGAAUCGAAAGCCUCUUCUGCUCGCAGGAGACCUCCGGUCAAAAAACAGAGAAGCAACCCAAUGGCGGAUGUAGACCUUUCCGAAGAAGACGUGUCUACUGAUGAAGAAGAGGAGACGGAUGAGAACGCAUUUGACCACCCUUCAACUUACCAGGCACAGCGGUGGAUUUGGGUGCCCAAAGAUCGGCUUGGACUGAGUCGGUUGCUUGUUGAUAAUUUACAUCGAGCAGGAGUUGAUGCUAGUGACGAAGGAGCGGUUAUGGACGAACGGGGGGUGGUAGAGGCUACGAGAAAUCCGCCAGACGAAGACUGGGCUGGGGGAUGGGAUGCUUGA